UUUGCCAGGAGAGAAAACCAUAAUAUCGUCAUCUUCUUCCUCCCCCCAAAGUCAAACCUCCUGAAACGCACACCAAUACCCUAUGGGACGUGAUCUUUGACCAUCUGCGUGUUGGUUACGAAUUAGCUUAACUCGUCUCUCGGCCCUCUUCCGCUUUCCAUUCGCUCAGACCACACCUAUUCCCCCUUCUGCGACACGAACCAAAGUCAGAAAGGAUACAAUUUAAAAAUAAAAUAAAAUAAAAAAACAAAGAAAAAGAAAGCGGGAAUCCGAUCUAGCCAGCCAACCCGUCCCGGACGACGACGCAGAUCAAGGCACAGCCCAAAUCUUCCCCCCUCCCCCAUUCAUUCUAAGAAUAUCAUCGUCUCCCUCUUGCUACGACCGUUGCUUUAAAACCCCCCAGAAUACCCCUCCCGACCUACUUGGUCCCUUCCCUUUCAAGAUGUCAUCUGCCGCCCAAGACGAAUUUUACCAACUCCUUCAGAACAAUCGAGACCGGUUCUCGACUCACCCUGAAGACCGUGAUCACCCCUCCGAUCGAGACUCCGACUCCUCCGACGACCACGAUCACGACCACGACCGCCCUCAUUUCUCCGACGCAGACGACGACGACGACGACGAAGAUCACCGACCUUCUGCCAUGCACUCCCGCUCCACCAGUUCUUACAAGAUCCCCAACACCACAUAUGACGCCAACACCGGGCCCAAGGGUGUCAUCGCCGACGCCCAGGCGUUCGAGCGCGCUCGCAAGUCCUCCUUCCGUCGGACCCUGCUGAGCGUCGCCGGCAUUGACCGUCCCCAUUACUCGAUGAAGUCCGUCACGGACGAUGCCACCCUCCUCAACAAUUCCUCCCCUCCCGAUGGGUCGUCGGCCAGCGACGACGAGGAGCGGUUUAUGCGCCAGUGGCGGACGUCUCGCAUGCAGGAAAUGCAGGCCCGCACGCUGCGCAAGCCCAGCCCCCGACGCCGGCUAUUUGGAUCGGUCGACAACGUGGAUGCCGUGGGGUAUCUGGAUGCCAUUGAAAAGGUCACUUCUGGUACGGUGGUGGUUGUGUGUGUAUAUGACCCGGAGUCUACGACCAGUGCCCUCGUUGAAGACUGCUUGAACACCAUUGCUCGACGACAGCCCGCCGUGCACUUCGUCAAGCUGCACCAUGAAAUCGCAGAGAUGGAUCACAUCGAAGCCCCGGCGCUGCUGGCUUACCGAGACGGGGACGUCUUCACCACCAUCGUCGAGAUCAUGCGCCAGAUCCCCAAGGGACGGAGUCUCAGUGCCGACAGUCUCGAAGACCUGCUCAAGAUGCACCGCAUCCUCUAAUCAAAACGCCCCUUCAUUCCAUCAUCAUCAUUGAUCCACGCUCAUGCCACGUUCUACAUGCCCGUUUCUCCAUUCGUGAUCCGCUUCUUAUUCCGAUCACCAUUCAUCCAAUGUAAUGCACAAGCGGGCGUAUGUUUUCUUUUCUUUGCACACAAGUUCGGGUUGCAUAUAGAGUUCUUUUUUGCGUCACGGUGUUCCAGGUUUGUCAUGUCUGUCGAUCGAUCCUGAGCUUGAGAUAUCCUCCAUGGUUUUCUUGUCACGAUAUGUUGAGUUCUAGGUUUCUGUCUUUUCUUGCAGGUUGUCGCUGAUAUGUAGUCGGCUUAACGGGGAUCUCGUCCUCAGUGUACUAUAUCAAAUCUAAUCUUCGCUGAC